AUGACAAACCUUGUAGGCGCUUAUCAGCGCAAGGAAAUUCGAGAAUUUGAAAAAAUUCUUCGAGACAAUCGGGCCACAAUUAUGGAUGAUCCGUUUAUUCGCACAUAUAUCGAUGAUGUGUUGAGAAACAUUCGUACGCAAGUGCUGUUGAGAUUAAUAAAGCCUUACACACGAAUAGAAAUCCCCUUCGUAUCGAAGCAAUUGAACAUUCCAGCACAGGAAGUAGAAGAUUUGCUUGUUGGUCUUGUGCUUGACAAUAAAAUUGUUGGCCGCAUUGAUCAAGUCAAUCAACGUCUGGAAUUAUAUAGACAGUCAUCCGAUACUCAAAGAUAUGCAGCAAUUGACAAAUGGUCCACGACGAUUAAUGCAUUGUAUAAGACAUGUAUUAAUAGAGUAAAUUGA